AAAAAACAAUAUGGCGGCAAAGAAUUCAUAUAAGAUAGUAUUUAGUAUAAGUAUUAUAACUCUUUUAUUAAAUAUUACUUAUAACUUGUUGAAUAUUGAAAAAUAAAGAUACUAUAUAAUUGUAUAUGAUUCAUUUUGAUCAUCGAUCAUAAAGAUGGGUAAACACGAAGUGGGAACACCAAAAUAUAUUGCAAAUAAAAUCAAGGCUAAAGGUUUACAAAAAUUACGAUGGUAUUGUCAAAUGUGUCAAAAACAAUGUCGAGAUGAAAAUGGAUUUAAAUGUCAUACAAUGUCUGAAUCGCAUCAUCGGCAAUUGUUACUUUUUGCCGAUAAUGCAAGUCGUUACAUGGAUCAAUUUUCACGUGAAUUUUCUGAAGGAUAUCUAAAUUUAUUGAAAAGACAAUUUGGUACCAGACGAGUUCCGGCAAAUCGAGUUUAUCAAGAAUAUAUCUCGGAUAGAGGUCAUGUACAUAUGAAUGCAACUAUGUGGCUUACAUUAACAGGAUUUGUUAAAUGGUUGGGCCGUACAGGCAAGUGCGUUGUCGAUGAAACAGAGAAAGGUUGGUACAUAACUUAUAUUGAUAGAGAUCCAGAAACAUUAGCUGCUCAAGAAAAGAAAGUAAAAAAACAGAAAAUGGAUAAAGAUGAUCAAGAACAAUUAAUGAAAUUUAUAGAAAAACAAAUUGAAAAGGGUCAGCAACAAACAUCAAUCAAGGAAGAAACAGAAGAAACCAAAGAACCAUUAAUACGUCCAGAUGAUACUACACCUUUGGUUUUAGAUAUAAAAUUGAAACCAAAACCUAAACCAGUUCCUAUAAUUAAUCCAUCUACAUCAAAGCAAAGUGAACUUUCUAUCGAGUGUAAUUCUUUCACAGAAGAACCACAAAAGUUCCAACCAUUUAUUAAGUUGGAAUUAAAAAAAAAUGGUAGUAGUUCAAGUUUAGAAAAACACGCUAAAAGCGAAGGAGGUUGGCUUAGAGAAAAAUUGGUAGUGAAAGUAAUUACCAAAAGUCUGGGUGAUAAAUAUUAUAAAGCAAAAGGUAUCGUUAAGUCUGUGGAAAAUUCUGGAUUUGUUGCUAAAGUUAAACUUACUAUACCUGAAGAAGUUGAAGGGCAUUUGAUAAAAUUAGAUCAAGAAUAUUUAGAAACAGUAAUACCUGCUAUUGGUAAAGAAGUUCUAAUACUUUGGGGGAAGUACAAAGGAGAAAAAGGAAUAGUGAAAAAGUUACACAUAGAAGAAUAUACUAUCGAUGUUCAGUUAGAAGGAAAACUUGUUAGAACACUACCAUAUGAACAAGUAUGUAAAUAUAUUGAUUGAUCGUCUACUGUGCUAAAAAUGAAAGUGUUUUUUUAUUGAAAGAAUAUUGCCAUUAUUGAUUCAUUUGAAGAUGAACAAAUAUAUAAAUUAUGAUAAUUUA